AUGGCCGCGCCGGCGCCUUACCUCGUUGAAGAGAUCCUGGAGGAGAUCUUUAUCCGCGUGCCCACUCCGGCGGCGCUCGCCCGCGCCUCCACCGCCUGCGUCUCCUUCCGCCGCAUCAUCACCGCGCGCUCCUUCCUCCGCCGCUACCGUAAGCUUCACCCGCCGCCGCUCCUGGGGUUCGCCGCCGAAGAUGGUGGCUUCGACCCCGUCCAGGAACCCCAUCCCUCCGCGCCGCUUGCCCGUGCCCUCGCCCACGCCGCUGAUUUCUCAUACUCCUAUGUCCCAAAGCCUGACGAGUUUGUGGACUCAGCCUGGUCUCCCUGCGACGUGCGCGACGGCCGCGUCCUCCUCUUGUGCCGUCGCUGGUUUCACCGGACAAAGCCGGCCAUCUUGAGAAGAGCACUCGCGGUCUGCGAUCCCUUGUCACGGAGAUACGUGCUACUCCCGCCCUUACCUCUGGAUAUGGAUAUGACUAUGCUGCAAGAGCAUCUUCUCGGGUACGAACCUAUCCUCGCCCCCGCUGGCGACGAUGAGGAUGAGACGUCGUUCAGGGUGCUCUGCUGGGCGAGCUACCGAAGCAAGUUCUUCAUGCUUGUCUUCUCUUCCGCCACUGGGAAAUGGUGUAUGGCAGCUUCUCCUAGCUGGAGUUCAUUUGGCACAGUUGAAUCAUCUGAGAAAUCCAUGUUACUCUUUAAAUAUAUCCGUGGCUGCUUGUACUGGAGGGCACCUGUGGGGGACAAGCUGCUUCUAUUGGACACUUGCAGCAUGGAGUUUUCGACUGUCAAUAUCCUCACCAGCUGCCAUAUGCAGCUUAUAAAUCUCUUGGACCAGAGCAGAUGGUCAUCAUCCCUUGUUCUGGCUACCGAAGGAGCCCUUGAGAUGUUUACUCUCAUUCGGAAUAGUCUAAAUGACUCAUAUUCUAUUUAUCAUACCAUUCAGCAAAAUGACAGUCACUAUUCUGGCAAUUGUGAUCUAAAAAAUGUUAUAGAAUUGCCACGUCCAUAUUGGUAUUUUAUUGCUGGCGCGACUGGGGGAUUCUUGUUCCUUCGAGGCAUUCGAGAAUCUCAGUCGCAGGGUUCACAAGUGGAUAUCGAAGAUUUAUUUUCGCUGAAUAUCGAAGAUUUAUUUUCGCUGGAUAUCAAGACUUCUGAACUUAAGAUGGUCCAUGGAGGAGCACAAAAUUCCCAUAACCUCGUCAGACCUGCUCAACCGUACUUUGGCUUCCCACCAUCAUUGUCAAACCCGAGUUUGUGAAGUGAACUGGAGUAUUGGUUGCCCUGGAUCUCUCCUGAAGCAGGGAUGAACUCACUUUUUUCUCGGGGUCUAUUAUUUAGGCCAUGCAUCUGGUGCCGCUGAGGAUAGAUAAAAGAAUAACCAAGAUGAUGCUGUGAAGCUAGCUGGAUGUUGUAGCAUGUAUCAGAUAACAAUCAUAUGUUGUGUAUUUAAAGCAUAGAGACGCUUGUAAGUUGUAACCUGUAAGCAAGGUCACCUUGUCUA